AUGGCUCGCACCUCCAAGGCUUCUGCUGCUCCGGCCAAGCACGGCUACGAGUUCUUUGGCCCUCCUGGCGCCUUUGGCAUCUCGUUCGGCCUGCCCCUCCUCGUCUACCUCUUCGCCUUUGCCUGCAAUGACAUCUCCGGCUGCCCAGCUCCCGCCCUGCUGAGCCCGCGGACGCUGUCGCUCAGCCAGCUGAAGCUGCAGGUGGGCUGGCCCGAAGAUGGCAUCUCGGGCCUCGCCAGCUGGAAGGCCACGGUAGCCUUGUUGGGAUACUACCUCGUCAACCUGAUUCUCUACCGCCUUCUCCCGGCGGCCGAAGUGGAGGGGACCGUGCUGUCCUCGGGUGGGCGUCUCAAGUACAGGUUCAAUACCAUGUACUCCAACACGGUGACCCUCGCCGCCCUAGCCGCCGGAACCGCGGCCCAGGGAGCCGAGUUCCCCGUGUGGACCUUUAUCGAUGACAACUACAUUCAGCUCCUGACGGCGAGCAUCGGAAUCUCAUACGCCAUCGCCACGUUUGUCUACGUCCGCAGCUUCAGCGUCAAGCCGAACGACAAGGCAAACCGCGAACUGGCGGCUGGCGGACACAGCGGCAACCUCCUGUACGAUUGGUUCAUUGGGCGAGAACUCAACCCCCGCGUGACGGUGCCUUUGAUCGGCGAGGUGGACAUCAAGGAAUGGUGCGAACUCCGGCCUGGUAUGAUGGGCUGGAUCAUCCUCAACUGCGCCUGGUGUGCCCGUCAGUAUCGCAACUACGGCCAUGUCACGGACAGCAUCGUGUGCAUCACCGUUGUGCAGGCCGUCUACAUUUUCGACUCGUGGUGGAACGAGGCGGCCAUUCUCACGACCAUGGACAUUACGACGGACGGGUUCGGCAUGAUGCUGGCGUUUGGCGACCUGGUGUGGCUGCCUUUUGUCUAUACGCUCCAGACGCGCUACCUCUCGGUCCACCCCCGAUCUCUCGGGCCGGUGGGCUUGGUCGCCAUGCUGUCGCUCAUUGGGCUCGGCUUCUACAUCUUUCGGUCGGCGAACAGCGAGAAGAACAACUUCAGGACCAACCCCAGCGACCCCAGCGUCUCGCACCUCGAGUACAUUGAGACCAAGACUGGAAGCAAGCUGCUGACGACGGGAUGGUGGGGAGUGGCGCGGCACAUCAACUACUUUGGAGACUGGAUCCAGUCGUGGCCGUACAGCUUGCCGACGGGCCUGGCUGGAUACCAGAUCCUCGCGGCAGGAUCGGGCGCAGAGGGCGCGUACGUGAUGAAGGAUGGGCGAGAGGUGGUGGCGGGCAACGCCAAGGGCUGGGGCAUGCUCGUCACCUACUUUUACAUUGCCUACUUUGCCAUUCUCCUGAUCCACCGCGACCGCCGCGACGACGAAAAGUGCCACCGCAAAUACGGCGAGGACUGGGACAAGUACAAGAAGAUUGUGCGAUGGCGCAUCGUUCCGGGCAUCUACUAA